AUGAGUGUCGUGCGGUUCGACCACGCCGAUUGUUCGGGCGCGGUUCUCUAUGUGAGCAGUGCCAACCCGUGGGCGCUCUCAACCAACUGCACCGACGGGCUGGUGGCCAAUGCGUCGUCGACGCUCGACCGCUACUUGCCCAAUUUGCAGUACAUGACAGUGCGCCACUCGGACGCAACCGUCGAGGUCGUCGUUAGUGGGCUCUGCGUCGGCACGGCGCCGGCGUCUAGUCCCCGCUACGUCUACGCCGACUGCCACAACAGCAAGUUUGCCGCCUUCAUCGACAGCAACUGCACCAUUCCCACAGCCAUCCACAGCGCUGUCCACAUAGCGUGUGACGUUCCGUACCGCGUCGCCGCGCCGUUGGAAUCGGUUGUCGAUUUGAGUGCUGCGCUCUACGAAAACCCCGACUGUACUGGCGCCGUGGUGUGGUCCACGACCAACAGCUCGAGCGCCGGCGCCGCCGAAGCGUGCUUGAACGGGUUUCUCGCAAGCCCGUCGGACCACCACCUUCUCUAUCAAGGGCAUCAGCGCUACAUGACGCUGCUGCAGUGGACCAAUACGGAGAUGCACGUCCUCGACGGACUCUGCGCCCCGAUUUCAACGACGGUGACGACCCCGUACCUCCGCGUUGACUGUGAGAGUCUCUCGUUUGGCUACUAUUUCGAUGGCAACUGCACGACACCGAUGAGCAAUGCGUGGACUGCGGCGACGACGACCUCUGCCAUCGCUUGCUGGUACGAGUCGAGCGUUGUGAACAACCCGGACGCAGCUCUCGUCCUCUACAUGACGCCCGACUGCUCCGAUGGUAUUGUGUACUCGACGUCGAUGGUAUGGGAGGCAGGCAACGGCACCACCCCCUCGACAUCUGUGGCGCCGGGUGUCUGUGCUACUGGGUUUGCCGCCGACGUCUCAGUGGCCACCGACGCGUACUUGCCGAACGUGCUAUACAUGACAAUCGACCACGCAGAGGCAGCGUUUGCCGAAGUUGUGGUCGAUAGCGUCUGCAUCCCGACGUCGAGUAGCGAGUCAACCUAUCUGCUGGCAGAUUGUUUGACGGGACAAUUCAGCUACUUUUCCGACGAUGCGUGCGUCCACGCCAUCCAUACGGGCGCCGAGAAAGGCCACCGUGGUCUGCUCGUCUUUGGCGGCCUCUCGAUCGACUGCAAUGAAAGCGCUAGUGUCACCUAUGCCAUGGCCAACAGCCCGGACGGCCUCCAGCUGGACAUCCCCGUCUCGAGUGCCACCGGCGCCUUGUGUGAUGACGGCACCUUGACCAACGACGUGCUAUCAUCGACACAGUUUGUAGUCAACGAAACCUACAUGGUGCUCCAGCACGCAACGUUUACCGAAGCCGUGCUCGACCUUCUCUGUGUGCCUGUGCCCAGCGGGUUCCUCUACGUCGACUGCAGCAACGACGAAAGCCAUGGCUAUUUUGGCGAUCUCGGCUGCAACAUUCCGCUGUCGAUGACGCCCGAGCUCGCCCUAGAUCUCGCGACAACGAAUGUGACGUGUGGUGUCUUGAACGCGGCAGUGACACCGACCCCGCCGGCAAGCGCUGGCAACCGUACGACGACAACAAGCGCCGGUGUACCGCCACCGACGCCGACACCGACGUCCAACACCCGCGCUAUCGCAUCAUCAGCCGACACGACCGGAACUCACGGCGCCGCAAUGUUCGCGGGCAUUGCGGUUGGCGUGUUUUGCGUCGCGACGGUGCUCGGUGGCGCCGUCUACAUGCAGCAAAAGCGCAAGCAACGGCUGCACAGUGUCUUGCACGACGUCAAGCCCGCGGCGGCCACCGAAAGCAGUAUCUAA